GCGCAGAAGGGUCACGUGGUGGCUGGCCGGGGAAAUGGCGGCUUCAGGAGAAAGCGGGACUUCGGGCGGCGGAGGCAGCACCGAGGAUGCAUUUAUGACCUUUUACAGUGAGGUCAAACAAAUAGAGAAGAGAGACUCGGUUCUAACAUCCAAAAAUCAGAUUGAAAGAUUGACCCGUCCUGGUUCCUCUUACUUCAAUUUGAACCCAUUUGAGGUUCUUCAGAUAGAUCCUGAAGUCACAGAUGAAGAAAUAAAAAAGAGAUUUCGACAGUUAUCCAUAUUGGUGCAUCCUGACAAAAAUCAAGAUGAUGCUGACAGAGCACAAAAGGCAUUUGAAGCUGUGGACAAAGCUUACAAGUUGCUACUGGAUCAGGAGCAAAAGAAGAGGGCCCUGGAUGUAAUUCAGGCAGGAAAAGAAUACGUGGAACACACUGUGAAAGAGCGAAAAAAACAAUUAAAAAAGGAAGGAAAACCUACAAUUGUAGAGGAGGAUGAUCCUGAGUUGUUUAAACAAGCAGUAUAUAAACAGACCAUGAAACUCUUUGCUGAGCUGGAAAUUAAAAGGAAAGAGAAAGAAGCCAAAGAGAUGCAUGAAAGGAAACGACAAAGAGAAGAAGAGAUUGAAGCUCAAGAAAAAGCCAAACGAGAAAGAGAGUGGCAGAAAAACUUUGAGGAAAGUCGAGAUGGUCGUGUGGACAGCUGGCGAAACUUCCAAGCAAAUACAAAGGGGAAGAAAGAGAAGAAAAAUCGGACCUUCCUGAGACCACCGAAAGUAAAAAUGGAGCAGCGUGAGUGACCACCUAGGGUCACAGCCACAGAACCUUCCCCCAGCUGUCUCCCUUCCUGCUUUGAAGGACUCAUUCUUUCCUCCCACUUCCACCCCAACAUAGAGUAGUGUUUGCUUUUUAGCCCAUUUUGUUUUCAAUACAAUUUAAUAUUGAUCAGAGUAAUUCUUUUGUACAUUGAAAUGAGGGGCUUGGUUAACAAAAGACCUUCCCCUAACCCCUGCCCCUAGAACAAACAGAUUGGAAGGUGCCACCAUUGGUGCUGCCUUCUCUUCCCACAGCCAGUAACUUAAUGUUUUGUACUUCACUGAAUUGUGAUGGUUAGAAACUUCGUGUAUAGUUUGUGGAAAUCAUCCAAUUAAACAUAUUACUUAAAAUGGUGUUGCCGUGACUUCAGAGACAAGCCUGAGCCACCUUAGGGAGCCCCUUCAAUUCAGUUGCUUGGUUCUGGGUGUGCCGUUCUUGAAAGCACCAGAUCAGGCAGGGAAGGCAGCGUGGGCACCCAGAGCAGUCACUUGAUGCCCUGGUGCCCUGUGGUGUUUGGCAUGUGCCCUCCCAUCUGACUGACCAAUCAGUGUGUCAUGAGGCCUCACGCCACCUAAACCUGUCCACUUUCCAAAGAACUAGCCAUCCUCCCUUCAAUACCAUAGUGUCCUUGUCUGUCUGCAUUCAUUAGUGGUAAUGUUCUUUAUGUAUAAUAAAUUUUUAUACCCAAA